AUCGUUUCGUCAAUGAAGUGUCUGAAGUGUUGGAUUUUACGUCAUUUUAGAUAUUUUCUUGUAUUUGUAUUCCGUUUUCUUAUUGUGCCUGUGAAAAUGCUUUGUGGCAAGAAAACCGCCAUAUUCUUUCUACUCAUCAGCAUUUGGGGCACCAUACAAUUGUCGUUGAUGGGCAUUUUCUAUGCCAUGAAGUCGGUGGCAUUGAUUGAGGAUAUACCGGUUGACGAAAACUAUUCUAGUUUGGAGGAUUUUCAGAAGGAUUCCGAUGAGGCCUUUCAGGCAGUGGCCGUACGUUGUUUUGUUACGGCCGUAAUAUAUCUAUGCACGGCCAUUAUAUGCUUCAUAUGCUUGCGCCGGAAUAGGGCAAAUGAGAGGAGGCAACUGAUGCAGCAGCAGCAACAGAAGGCCCAGAAAGAGAAGGAGAAGAUGGAGAAGCAUCAAACACCCUUUGUUGAGCCCCAACCAAUUCCACUCAAAACCAAGUCAAGAAGAAAACAGUAAAACCCGCAAAUGCAUUUAUCGUAUAGUGCUCUCAAGGGACUGAGGAAUAAACUAGGGUUUGGGCCAGCCAAGAGUUGAUCAAUUUUCUAUUUGCAUAAAGAGUUCUAUAACUUUUGCCAAAAAAUUUGACUUUUUUUGCUUUUGACUGAAUAGUUUUGAAGAACCAUCUACCAGAUUCAUGAGGAGUAGGAGGAGUGGGAUUGGAGUAGGAGAGUUAAAAAAAAAGUUUCUUUAUUAUGCAUUCGUCUCAACUAACCAAUUUUGACAAGUUUCUUGUUGUUGCUGCUGUUGCUGCUGCUGCUGGUAGCUUGUUGCUUGUUGCUGGUAGUGCACGUGACACCUUCUUUUUCUUGGUCUUAGUUUUGUUUUUUUAUUUUUUUUAUUUUUUGGGUCUCAUAAAU